UGUUAAAUUUUUAUCCAAAUUAUUACAGUACCCGAUAACUAAAUUUUAUUAAGUAUGUUUUAUGGUAUAUAACAUACUUUUCUGCUCAACAAUUUUCUGCUCAAUAUUUUUAUAUAUAAUGUCUGGAAUCCGGUAUAUCGCAUAUGCAUGUGCCUUAUGGCACGUGGUGGUCGCUAUCGGUGACGAAUAUGCGAAGUAUGAAACGAGGAAACAGGCGAGGAGAUGGGCAAUAGAUGGACUAAAUGUAGGGAUGUUACGAAAUGCGAGACUUCAUGGGGGUGACAAUCAUGGAAACAGUACUGCUGCUCUUCUUAGCAUGAUAAGAGAACUACCACCAGAACAGGAAUCGGAACACGACCACAUACUUUCUGCUCUUUAAUUAUUAGAUGAUUGAAUCAAUAAAUUUUCUUCAUUAAGGACUGUAAAUAGUAA